UUUUCUGUGAAGCGACAGUUUUACUAUAAAUGUUGACUGGAAGCGAAACCCGCCCAGAGAGAAGUUAGAGAGACACCCCUGGCGGAGGAGGACAGUAACUGAGGAUUUCUCAGAAACGGUGUUCACUUUAAAACGAAAGCGAAACGGAUGUGUGUUGGUUGGUGUAGUUAGUGUACGGGUCCUGGACGUUUAUUUAACUCCUUACCGAUCACCAGCGGGACAGAUGAUCAAACCAACAAGGAGAGAGAGUAAGAGAGGAUGUGAAAGACAAUGUGGAUAUACUAUACCGAUGGAUUACCGCGUCUUCUCUCUACUAGUUUGAACGGUUAUUGAUGAUCAAUACCGCUGUGAUUCUGUGAUUAAAAACGGAUUCUGCGUCGGAAAAUAUAAAAAGUGCAUCAGAAAAAAACCUACAUUGCACUCGUUUUGCAAAACGGAUGCCAGGGAACUGUGUAGCGAUGGGAGAGGGUUGGGACCGCUCUCCCCUGUAGGAUGGUCGCUCACAGCGCUGUGGAAGAACAAGACACAACAACAAAAGCGUCAUCGUCGUCAUCACCUUCUAGACCUCUAGGCGCCUCCCCCACCUUCCUCUCGACUCCACACUCGGACCACCACGCAACCUCACCACCACCAUCACCACCACCAUCAUCAUCAUCAGUCUCCCAGUCGCACCGUCAGCGCCCAUCCAACCAGUGUGUGGCGUCCCCUAUCCCAGGACCAGACCUGUUAGACCACCAGCCCCCUCUUCCCCUCCUGGACCCAGUGCCCACCCACUUUCCUCUGUUCCCCUGCAAGGUUGACUUCCUGUUGAUCACCCGGACGGCCGCCAUGUUGGAACGUUCCGGCUUCUACUGGGGCCCGCUAGGAGUGGAGGAGGCUCACAGUCGACUGAAGGACGUUGCCACGGGAACGUUCUUGAUCCGGGACAGUCGUCAGAAAGAUGUCUUCUUCACGCUGUCCUAUCGCGCGGCCAGCGGCCCGGUCAGCGUACGCAUCGUCUAUAAGGGACAACGGUUCAGCCUGGCAGGAAGUGAGCACUCUUUCCCUUGCCUCUUCCUCCUGCUCGAACACUACAUUCAUUCCUCUAAGAAAAGCCUGACCGUUCCGUACAGGAAGCAGCGCCCUACGCUCCAGGAACUGUGCAGGAAACAGGUCGUGGAGUCGUGCGGCGGCGAGGUGGAACGGGUCGCCAGGGUCCCCGUCAACCCAGUCUUAAAACACUUCCUGUUAGAGUUUCCGUACAGGAUAUGAUGUCACAGGGGAUGCCGUUGAGGCGGGACUUGAUUUGGACAGAGUUCAAAACCACACCCUAUUCUCUAAACGGUGCACUACUCGACAGGGUCAUAGGUCACACUUGGUCUGGGUUUGGGUUUAUCGACAACGGGUUAUGGGGCGGCUGCAUUAAAGAACCACCACCGGGGGGGUUCUGGUUGUGUUCUGAUCCGGUUUGGUUAGUGGACUGGUUCUGCCGUUGUAGGCAGGGCUGGGUUCGCUGUAGCACAACAACUCAAGCAUCAAUACUUUACAAUGUUUACAAUGUUGUUUACAAACUUUACAACGACCAGGAAUGUUUACGCUACACAAUAUUACAGUACUGUAUGUAUAACUGUGUACUCUCUGGUACUAACAGGUAUAACUGUGUACUCUCUGGUACUAACAGGUAUAACUGUGUACUAUGUAGUACUGGCGUGUAUAACUGUACUCUCUGGUACUAACAGGUAUAACUGUGUACUAUGUAGUACUGGCGGGUAUAACUGUGUACUCUCUGGUACUAACAGGUAUAACUGUGUACUAUGUAGUACUGGCGGGUAUAACUGUGUACUCUCUAGUACUAACGGGUAUAACUGUGUACUCUCUGGUACUAACGGGUAUAACUGUGUACUCUCUGGUACUAAUGGGUAUAACUGUGUACUAUGUAGUACUGGUGGGUAUAACUGUACUCUCUGGUACUAACAGGUAUAACUGUGUACUUUGUAGUACUAAUGAGUAACUGUGUACUAUGUAGUACAAAUGAGUAACUGUGUAGUACUAAUGAGUAUAACUGUGUACUAUGCAUCAUAUCUGCUGUGCAGACUACCUCUAGGGGUGUUUUAAUGGAUAAUAAAUAUGACGUAUAUAU